ACUCUAAUAAAAGAGAAGGUCAGUGGGCAUCCACCAAGCCUGUUUGUCUGAACCCAUAAGGGACACUCAAAGCAGGAAAGCAGGAUGCCCGAGCCAACUAAAAAAGCAGUAUCUGCCUUCAUCAAGAAACCCAAAAGUCAGACUGUUGAGGUUGGGGCGACGGUCGUCUUUGAAGCGGAAACCGAAAAAGCAGAUGCUAAAGUAAGAUGGCAAAAGGAUACUAAAGACAUCGGAGCCAUUGAGAAAUAUGCAAUAUCCGCAGAAGGCAACAAGCAUUCCCUCACCAUAAACAAUACUGCUGCAGAAGAUGCGGUAGGAUAUGCUGUUAUUGCUGGGGGCUCAAAAGUCAAAUUCGAGCUUAAGAUCAAAGAAGCAGAAGCCAAAGCACCGGCAAAGGUAGCAGCCAAAGCUCCCCCUGCAGAGAUUCCGCCUGAUGCAGCAGUGCCCUCUACUGAUGCUCCUCCAGCAGCACCAGCCGAUGCCCCUGCCGAUGCCCCAUCAGGUGCCCCAGCAAAUAACUCUACAGACGCUCCAGUGGCACCAGCCACAAACUCAGAGACUAAUGGUCAUGGCCCAGAAACUGGAGGUCAUGAUAGCCUUCCUGAAAACCACCAGCCAGACACCCGGCAGGACCUGACCGGCCUCUUUUCUGAAAAGCCUCAGAGCGGAGAGGUGACUGUGGGUGAGAAUAUCAUCUUUGUGGCUAAGGUAUGUGGCGAAUCUCUGCUGAAGAAGCCCACAGUUCGAUGGUUCAAAGGGAAGUGGAUGGACCUGGCCAGCAAGUCCGGGAAACACCUACAGCUUAAAGAGCACUACGAUCGUAGCACAAAGACGUAUACCUUUGAGAUGCACAUCGUAGCAGCCAAAGCCAACUUUGCUGGAGGUUACCGGUGUGAGGUUUCAUCCAGAGACAAGUUUGACAGCUGUAAUUUUGAUCUGACUGUACACGAGGCACGAGCUGUAGAAGGAUUUGACAUUCGUGCAGCAUUCAGACGCACCACAGAUGGAGGUGACGACUCUGGUGAGCUGGACUUCAGCGCUUUACUCAAAAAGAGCAUGGUCCAGGUAAGCUCUGAGCCUGAUGUGGACGUGUGGGAAAUCCUCAGUCAUGCUCCGGCCUCAGAGUACGAGAAGAUAGCGUUCCAGUACGGCAUCACAGAUUUGAGGGGCAUGCUUAAGAGACUGAAGAAGAUGAAGAAAGAGGAGAAGAAAAGCGGUGCAGCUUUCCUGAAAAAGCUGGACCCCGCCUACCAGAUUGAAAAGGGACACAAGAUCAAGCUGCAGAUUGAGGUGGCUAAUCCUGAUGCAGAGGUGAAAUGGCUGAAAAAUGGACAGGAGAUCCAGCCGACUGGAAGGUACAUCUUUGAGAGCGUAGGCAACAAACGCUUCCUCACCAUCAACAACUGCUCUCUGGCUGACGAUGCUGCCUACACCUGUGUGGUCGGGGAAGAGAAAAGCUUCACUGAGCUCUUCGUUAAAGAGCCUCCUGUCCUGAUCGUGCGUAAUCUGGAGGAUCAGAUGGUGAUGAAGGGGGAGAGGGUAGAGCUGGAGUGUGAGGUGUCUGAGGAAGGAGCUCAGGUCAAAUGGAUGAAAGAUGGAGUUGAACUCACUCGAGAUGAAGCUUUAAAAUAUCGUUUCAAGAAGGAUGGCUGCAAGCACAUUCUCAUCAUCAACGAGGCCACCAAGGAAGACUGUGGUCACUACCUGGUGAAGACCAAUGGAGGGCAAUCUAUGGCUGAGCUCAUGGUUCAGGAGAAAGAACUGGAGGUGUACCAGAGCAUCGCCGACCUGACCGUCAAAGCUAAGGAUGAGGCCGUGUUCAAGUGUGAGGUUUCUGAUGAGAACGUCAAAGGAAUCUGGUACAAAAAUGGGGUGGAAGUGAAAGCUGACGCUAGAACCCACAUCACCCACAUCGGCCGCAUUCACAAGCUCACCAUUGAUGACGUGCGACCAGAGGAUGAAGGAGACUACACCUUCGUCCCUGAAGGCUAUGCCUUUAACCUUUCUGCCAAACUCAACUUCCUGGAGGUCAAGAUAGAUUUCGUCCCUCGCCAAGACCCUCCCAAGAUCCACUUGGACUGCAUGGGCAGAACUUCAGAUUCCACCAUUUUGGUUGUUGCCGGAAACAAGCUACGAUUGGACGUGCCAAUCACUGGAGACCCCGCCCCCACUGUGGUUUGGACCAAGGGAGAGAAGGUCCUGACAGAUUCUGGUGGGCGUGUCCACGUGGAGAGCACAAAGGGUCAUUGCAUCUUCACAAUUGAGGGGACGGAGCGACAGGAUGAGGGCGUGUACUCGGUUAUUGUGCGGAACCCAGCAGGGGAGGACACCGCUGACAUUAAUGUGAAAGUUGUUGAUGUGCCAGACCCCCCGCAAGCUCCCAGAAUCCUCAGCGUUGGUGAGGACUCCUGUGUUGUUCAGUGGGAUCCUCCUCUGUUUGAUGGUGGCCAGCCAGUUAUAGGCUACGUUCUGGAGAGGAAGAAGAAAAAGAGCUUCAGGUGGAUGAGGCUGAACUUUGACCCCUAUAAGGAGACCACAUACGAGGCUAAGAGGAUGAUUGAGGGCAUGACCUACGAGAUGCGGGUCUACGCUGUGAACGCUAUCGGCAUGUCACGCCCCAGCGCUGCCUCUGAGCCGUUUGUGCCCAUUGCUCCUUCCAGCGAGCCCAUUGGCCUGUGCGUGGAUGACAUCAGUGACACCACCAUCUCUCUGAAAUGGAGAACUCCAGAGAAAGUGGGCUCUGCUGGAAUCGAUGGGUAUGGGGUGGAGUACUGCAAGGAAGGCACUGAUGAGUGGAUUCCUGCAUUUGAGGGACUCACAGAGAGAACCUCCGUGAUCAUCCGGGACCUGCCCACAGGAGAGAAGAUGCAGUUCCGAGUGCGGGCGUUUAAUGUGGCUGGUCCAAGCCCUCCUGCCAGUCUACCUCAGGCUGUCACAAUCCGUGAGAUCAUGCAGCGCCCCAAAAUCUGGAUCCCACGCAAUCUCCGCCAGACCCUCAUCAAGAAAGUUGGGGAAACCAUUAACCUGGUGAUCCCGUUCCAGGGAAAGCCAAGGCCUAAAGUGACCUGGCUGAAAAACGGAGAGCCUAUUGACCCUAAGCAGGUGAGUGUGAGGAACAGCGACACGGACAGCAUCCUGUUCAUCAGGAGAUCGGAGCGCAAGGACUCUGGGGUUUAUGAACUCCAGGUGCAGAUUGAGAACGUGGAGGACAAAGCCAAUGUGACCAUUCAGAUUGUGGAUCUGCCUGGUCCUCCUCUGAACCUGAAGGUGGCGGAUGUGUGGGGUUUUAAUGUGGCACUAGAGUGGAAACCACCCAAAGACAACGGCAACUGUGAUAUUAUCGGCUACACCAUCCAAAAAGCUGACAAAAAGACAAUGGAGUGGUACACAGUAUUCGAACAGUACCGGCGCACCAACUGCGUGGUGUCGGACCUGAUCAUGGGGAACGAAUACGUUUUCCGGGUGUUCGCUAUAAACAUGGUGGGGCUGAGCCCAGAGCCCUGCCCCUCUAAAGACAGCGCCUACAUCCAGAAAACAGGUAUUGUGUAUAAGCCACCCAAUUACAAAGAGCAUGACUUCUCAGAGGCACCGAAGUUCACCCACCCGCUGGUGAACCGCUCCGUCAUCUCAGGCUACAACGCCACUCUCAGCUGUUCUGUUAGAGGCAUCCCUAAGCCCAAAAUCACAUGGUACAAGAACAAGAUGGACAUUUCCAAUGAAGCCAAGUACCGCAUGUUCAGUAAGCAGGGGGUUCUGACUCUGGAGAUCAGGAAGCCGUGUCCGUUUGAUGGAGGUGUGUACAUGUGUAAAGCGGUUAAUGCCAGCGGAGAGGACAUCGUGGAAUGCAAGCUGGAGGUUCGCCCUCAAAUCUCCAAAGAUGAUCUGAAGAAGUGAGAUGGACAGUGGACUUGACUCUGGGACGGACACCCUGGGGCCUCGUGUGCCCCUCUUAUAGUCUUCCAGACUUAAAACUGUGACCUCAGGAUGUCUCAAUGGUCAAACUACCGAGAAGAACGAAUUUAUUGUAUUUAUUUGCCGAUUUAUCUUGAGGUCACACACACCACACCACACCUUCCCAAUACUCUCAUUACUCAUGCACCAUGUGCCAUAUAAAUUGCAUUAUUUGAUCAUUUCACUCAGUAGCUGCGUGUUUGGUGCUUGUGUUCAUUUUAUUUCAGUUACAUUUCAUUCGUUUGAGGUGUUGAUAUGGAUGCCUGAACCAUGUGGAGUCUAAAUAAUGGAAAUAAUCACUCUCUCAGUUUAGGUGGUGUUUUCUUUCAUGCACCUUGCAACAUGUUGUGAUGUAAUUAAAGAAAAAUAAAUAAAUGUGUUGAAUUGUGAUUAAUC